AUGAGUAUGGACAUGAACAUUAAGAAAAACCCAUUGGCUUUCAUCAUUUUCGUUCAUACUUUGGAUCUUGAUUCACUUGCUUUUCUACUCAAGGUUUUAUAUUCUACAAAUCAUUAUUAUAUUAUACAUGUUGAUAAAUCAUUGUCAUUUAAGGAUUUUGAAAAGAUUAAAGAUUAUGUAAAAUCUCAAUCAAACUAUUCCAAUAAUAUAAAGGUUCUUGAUAACAGAAUCAAAGGUAAAUGGGGAGACAUUUCAUUGGUCUAUAUGGAACUAAUUUCCUAUGCCGCAUUAUUUCACAUGGUCAACCAAAGACAACAACAAAACAAUGAAGAGGAGGUGACGACACCUCUCCCGCAACAUUGCAACACCACCUACGAAUUUAGAAACCACCCAACAAACCCAGACACUUUAAAGAUUCAACCAAAUACAUCCCGUUUUCUAGUAUGGGCAGGCUGUUGUUACGAAAAGCAUAACAAUGGGCAAACCAACCGCCCAAAAGGGAACAUAGUUGGUUUUCCCCAACAAAUAUCAUAA